UCCGGAUGUGAUGAAAAAUGUUUCAGUCGAACUUUCUUCAGCGAAGUAGCAAAACCAGCGUGAGCGGCGGGACACAAUUGCCGUGGCUUUUUUAAGCAGUUCAUCAGAAAACAGAACGUUUGAAAUUGUGGAUGUAUUGAUAUACACUUCUUUUUUGUUAAAGUCUCGGCAACAUAACUCAGAAAACGUGUGAAGAGAACGGUGCUUUUCAGUGUGGAGAGGAUGGGAAUAACUCAAGCCUGAAGACUGGGAGUUGACAUGUUAGAAAGGGUUGGUGGGUGAUAACUACGAAGGGGAGACAUUUUCGGGUGUGUACAGUGUCUGGACAAGGAGGCUGUCUCAUGUCCGCGGAGACAGUGUUACCUCCGGAAGGGCCUGUAGGGCCAGCGACUGACCUGCAACAGGAGACGAGUCGUCUUCUGCACAGCUCCACUCAAGGCGCAUGCAACAAUGACAGUUGUGAAUCACCAGACGCCACAUCAACAACCAAAACUCGGUCUCCAGGGGAACCACAAUCCAGCGGAACGCCAGAACAUGUGACGGGAGGAGGCUACACCCAUGACAACCUCGUCAGAACCCAGCCCCGACCCCUGCCCCCCCUGAGCACCUCCUCCUCCUGCGAGGGAGACCCCACCAGGCUUCAGAAUGGCCUUCCCGUCGCCAUGGGCAACGGUCAUGGCGGGGCACGCCCGGGUGCCACGGCAACAGUGGAGCCCAGGAAGCAGCAUCCAUCACCUGUGUCGCAGAAGAUGCAGCGGAAGCUGCGCUCCAGCCUGUCAGUCAACUCCGACAGCAGCCGGAAAAGCAAAGGCAGCUCCACCGGAUCACACAAGCCUGGCUCGUCACCGGAGGACUGCUGUGUGCACUGCAUCCUGGCCUGCCUGUUCUGCGAGUUCCUGACGCUGUGCAACAUGGUGGUGGCCCAGGCGUCCUGUGGAACCUGCACCUCGGAGGCCUGCUGCUGCUGCUGCUGCGCCGACGACCUGGGCGACGACUGCAACUGCCCCUGCGACAUGGACUGCGGCAUCAUGGAUGCCUGCUGUGAGUCCUCCGACUGCCUGGAGAUAUGCAUGGAGUGCUGCGGCAUCUGCUUCCCCACAUAAGAGUGUCCAGGGAAGGGGGACCGGAGAUGUGGCCGCCUCACUCUCUGCGCACCCACCAACUGACCCAGCCAUUGGCUACUAUACAUAUGGGAGAAGACAGAGAGAUGGAGACAGAAUGUGUGUGUGUGUGUGUGUGUGUAUACAUAUCUGUGUUUAUGUGCCUUUAUGCGUGUGUCCGCCUGUGUGUGUGUGAGUGUGUGUGAUCACAGUUUAGACUUGAUCUAGAAAACCAUCUCGUCAGGCCAUCGAAACAUCUCCCAAUGCGCUCUCCAUCAGUGCAGCCAAGCAAAGGACUGAACUGAUACAUGAUAUCUUAGUAUACUCAAAGUAUAGGAAAAACACAUAAAAGUUGCUUUAAUGUUGUACAUCAAAUAUGCUAUCUAAUGCUUAACACCUUAUAUUGCCUUACAUCCCGUUCUUUUGCUGUCAUUUCAACUGAAUCAUUUCGGGAGGUUCUACCGAUUCUACCUGCAGUGCCAAAGGACUCCCAUGGAACCUUUGUUUUGUUGAUCUAUGAAAUAUCUGUGAUAUUCAGUAGUUCACUAACUUACAUGUACACACUAGUUAAAGCUGUCUUUUCCUGAAUGGCACUGUCACAGACUGUUGACAGGUCACCUUAAAGAAUUCAUGGCCAUGAAGGCCUCCUUAUAAUUGAUGGCUGUGGAUUCAUCAGCCUGAUGACUUCCUUGUAUUGGACUGUUGCUAAAGCUGAUAAGAAAAUCAAUCAUGUUUAAUGAGAUUUUGUCAAACUACUCUUAAGUCUACUGUAAGCUUUUAAUAGCUAGUAAUAGCCAGCAUCAAACUGAUACUAAAUUGAGGACCACACAAGCAAUCCCUUAUGCCAGAUAAUUCAGCAUCUCCAACACUACCAAUAUAUAGUAUGAGCCCUUUUCUGUAAUCUGUACUGAUUUAAAAUGCUGGCCUAAGGACUCAAUGAGAUAUGUUAACCCUAUUGGUAUCUGUAGUAAGGCCCUAUGUGUCCCUUUUUAGAAUUUCUCAAAAAUGUACUUUACAUUUUCAUUAUUUUCUUUCCUUGGAUUGACUAGCUAUUUUUGUCUAACCCACAGUCAUCAAACAUUUUUUUUUAUAGAGGUUAAGAAACAAUAUUGCUGUGUCAAUAGUUGUUCAUGCACUUUAACCUGCAGUAUUAAAAUGUUUGUAGUGCUAUUCCAAGAAAGGUGGAUGCAAACUCAGAAUGUAUGUAUUUCCAUAGCUGCCAAAGGGGUGACCUAUAGUCAGAUGCCAAUAAAUAUGUUAUUGGAUUAUUUCAGCAUAUUGAGGGGGAAAAUCAAUGUAGUUUUAAGUACACAUCAGUCAUUCCGUUAGAUUUAGAUUUCCUCCAAGGAUUCCAAAGAGCAGUGUUUUGUGUAUUGUGUUAUUCAAUCUACUAUCUACUCCUUAAGAAAGUAAAGGGAUGGCUCAGAUAGUCCAGCUAUUCAAGGAAGUCCACUACCACAAAGUAGUUCCGGAGGUUUUCAGUGUCUUUGGUGUAUUUUGUUGCUUUUUUGUUGACUGCCAUAUUCCCAUGCUCACUAACCAGCGAGAACGAAAAAACAAAGCCUUCAGGUGAUUCUCAUUGCAUAACUGACAUACACCGCUACGUAAAGUAGACAUGGCACCCCUGCCUCUCUCACUAAUGAAAUGCUUUCAGCAGACAGAUGUAGGGAAAGAAGUGGUUAGGCAAUUAAUGGGUGGCGAUGGAGCAGGAUGAGCUCGCAAUUGUGCGCUUUUUCUUUUUUUUUUUGUCAAUUUCAUUUUCAUAUGCAAGAUAUGUGAAAUCCUCUGCAAUUCCAUGAAAAUGGAAUCCAUAGGACCUUGUUACUGGAGAAUGAGAAUGACUGACUGGUCUUGGAUCAUUACUGCGAUGCCAAUCAUUUUAGUGAAACUUCAUUUUUUUAAGUCAGAUAUUAUCCUUGCUGUGGACAGUGUCACUUCCAAAAGGUUCAUAUGGAUCCAUUUCGUUAUGGCCAUCCAUUCCCAGUAGAUGUUUGGAUAAUGACAGAUAAUAACUCUCCAUCUGUAGCUUAACUGUGUCUGUAUUCUGUCUUUUAAGUUUGUCAGAAAAAAGUAUUUUUUUACGUUAAGUGCAUUUACUGGAUCAACCCAAAGUGAUGCCUGGGAAAAUAUUGGAAUUAGAUUUUAUUUCUUUAACCAGACACAUUGCUGUUUUGUUCAAGUACAACACUCUUGAUAGUAAUAUGAUUUGUAGUCAUCAACAUAUUACUAGGCAUAUCAUAUUCUGGAUUUUCUUUAUUAGAGUAUAAUACCAUUAGGUAUUUUGCCCUAUUAAGGAAACAUUAAGAAGGUUACUGGAAACAACCAAUUCAAUACAGGGUUGGACAGAACAGAUUUUUUAAUGAAUAGCAUACUGUUAAAAUAGUAAUUUGUUGUCAUUGUGAAAAUAUUUACUUUAUAUUUUUUGACUGAGUUUUAGAGCUUUUUUUUCUAGUCCUUUUGGGGCGUACUCUAUAUAAGGUGAUGCAGACAUUUCUUACAAAAGUCGUCACUUCUGUGUCAGCCAUUUAAUGUGCCAUGUAUUUGGGAGAAAACUGUUUUCUUUUUCUUUUUUCAGUUGUGUCCAGUCUUCCCCCUUCAGAUCUGCUCUCCGUUUAGCUCAGUCGCUGAUAAAAACUUAAAUCAGCUUGUGAAUUCAGUGCACAAAAAGUCUUGCACUCCAAUGGACAAUUUAGAUUUCUUAGAGAGAUCUUAGAGUUUCCAUUUAGAACUCUCUGUUGAUGAAGGGUUCAGACUUAUUUGGCAUUUAGCAUUUAGCCUUUUUCAAAUUAUAUUACACCCUUAAGAACCCUUUUUGCAAACAAUGUGUUGUAUGUUUGAAAUAAAAAAAUUUUGUAGUUAAACAUUACAUUUUUGACUCACGCAGUGCAUUUUUUUUUAUCACUGAGAGUAGAUUUUCAGGAAGAAGGCUCUUCUCUCCUGGUGUGGUUGAUUCAUUACAGCUCAACCAGUCCUACUGGAAACCAUGGGAGAUGCUUCUGGUAGAGAAAUAUUCAACAGGAAUAAUGUGAAGAUAUUCUUGAUUUUUCAGAGCAUUGCAUAUAACAGUACUUGUGUGUAUCUACUUUUUCUCUCCCCAAAAGUAAGGAAUAUUGAAUUCUCUGUGCACAACUUGAUCUCAUUUCCUCAGCAUACUGUAUAUCAACCCUGUUGUCCAUGAAGUAGAUCACUAUGGUCUUAAUAAACCGUGAGAAUACAUGUAA